AUGGCCCGUUCCUCCAGCAUCAGCAGCAUGAGCUCCUCCAGCUCCGACGCCGAGGAGACGAUGCAGAUCUUCGUCAAGACCGUGUCCGGCAACAACACAAUCCCACUCACCAUUCCUUCAAAUACCUCAAUACGCACUCUCCGCUCCCUCCUGGCUCUGCGCACCAACCUGCACAGCCCCUCGGAUCUGCGCAUAGUCCACGCCGGCAAGCACCUCUCGUCGCCAGAAACCACCCUCUCCGACUACGCCAUCGGCCCAAACUCAACCCUGCACCUCGCCCUUCCCCUGCGCGGUGGCAUGCCUCCCAAGAAGAUCCGCUGCUCCUUCAAGGACUGCAAGGAUCGCGCCCAGCCCAUUGUCGGCGACUGUGGCUUCUGUACCGGUCACCACUGCAGCAAGCACCGCAUGCUCGAGGACCACAAGUGCGAGGGUCUGGAGGACUGCAAGAAGGAGAGCCAUUCGCGCAAUGCCGAUAAGCUCAACAGCGAGCGCACCGUUGCCAUCAAGGGUGUCUAA